GUUUUUAAAAAUUUUGAAGAUUGAGGUUAUAAUUUUCAGGAUAAAUAAUAAUAUCAAUUAAUUAAGAGAAUUAAUGACACUUCUAAUAAAAUACAAUAUGAAAUAAUUUACUUGUAAACUACAUUGAAGUUGUAUAAUAGGACGUGCAAGGGUCUUUUCUUUUUUAUUACAAAAUGUCUAUAAUAUUUAAUAAAACAUUGAAAACUGUGAUUUAUUUUCGACAUUAUUCAGUAUUAUGUAAAAAGUUAGAUAAUAGGCCGAUAUUAAGCUGCAUUGCACAAUCUUUUGUACCUGUGAACCGUAAUUUAUUUUGGGAAAAAGAAAGGAAAGGCGGCUAUCAAACUCAGGAAAAUGUCUCUUACAUUGAACACAUGAAAAAUGGUUAUAAAGAACUUAAAGUUGAACUGAAACUGUUUGCUAAAGAAAUAAAAGAGUUUUUAGAAGCAGAUCCACUGUUGGUAGCAAGACCAGGUGAAACUGAUCUUAUUUGGUGCUUCAAUGAACCUGGUGUAUUGGAUAACUUUGUGUCAACUUGUGACAGUGACCACAAUGAAGGUUUCAGUACCUGCAGCUUUGACAUGAGUUCUGCUGGAAGAGCAAACUUUCAUGGUUACUUAGAUACUAGAGUACCUAAAGAUGGAAGAAUCAAAAAAGCUGGAUACUGUGCUAUUAGGUCUAAGAGAAUUAGGAAAUCUUUUAAGCGGGCAAGUACUUAUAACUGGAGUCUAUAUAAUACAUUAGUCCUGAAAGUGAGAGGUGAUGGCAGAUCAUAUUUACUCAACAUAUCCUGUGAAGGUUACUAUGACAUAACCUGGAAUGACAUUUAUCAUUAUGUAUUGUACACAAGAGGUGGACCUUAUUGGCAAAUUGCUAAGAUACCAUUUUCAAAGUUUGUAUUGGGAUCAAAAGGUCGGCUACAAGACAGACAAAGCAGAAUGAGAUUUGACAAAGUGACGCACUUUGGCGUGUCAUGUGGCGACAAAAUAAAUGGCCCAUUCAAUUUAGAAAUUGAAUAUGUUGGUCUAGAGUUUGAUCCAACUCAUGAAGAAGAGUUUGCUUAUGAAAUGUAUAAAACUGAUAAAUAUAUAGUAGGAGUGUAACAAGAAUUUAUUUAUAAAUUGUUGGUUUUAGUACAAUU